AUGAACCCCUGGCUGCUCUACUACUUGCACCACUUAGUCGACAACAAGUUCUUCCACGAGACUUACCCUCGGAGCGAAACUGAGUUCAAGCAGUGGGACGAACAUCUAUCUCUACCGCCAAUUCAAAGCUUCGAAACGACGCCACCCAUACCCCAUCAAAGUUGUCGUGCGAAGGCGUUCCUUCAAUUUCGCAUGGACAAGAACUCCGCCAAUACUCAGUCAUCUCGCACUGCCCGUGAUGAUGCGUCAUAG